UGUUAGCCCUUCCUGGCAGCUGCGACGCACAACCACCGCGAGUUUCGAUGUGCUGAAACCAUUCAUGUAUCAUAACUAAUUUAACUUUUCCCAGUUGGUUGGUUUGAUAUUAAGGCAGCAGGAAAAUUUAUUAAAAAUAUGUCUUUGAAGAGAGAGAGAGAGGAUCAGGUGGACGACGAUGAUAGCGAAGACGAGGUUUCAACCAAAAGAGGACGAGGACGUGUAGAAGAAGACCGUAGAAGCCGCCAUUGCCCUUAUCUGGACACCAUAAACAGGAGUUUGCUGGAUUUUGACUUUGAGAAACUCUGCUCCAUCUCCCUCUCACAUAUAAACGUCUAUGCGUGCCUUGUAUGUGGGAAAUACUUUCAGGGCAGAGGUCAGAAGUCCCAUGCAUAUACCCACAGCGUUCAGUUCAGCCAUCAUGUGUUCCUCAACCUCCAUACACUGAAGUUUUACUGUCUGCCAGAUAACUAUGAGAUCAUCGACUCCUCGCUAGAGGACAUCACAUAUGUGCUAAAGCCAACCUUCACUAAGAAGCACAUUGCAGGACUGGAUAAGCAUGGUAAACUGUACAGAGCCUAUGACGGCACGACCUACCUGCCAGGCAUCGUGGGGCUCAAUAACAUCAAAGCUAACGACUAUGCCAAUGCAGUGUUACAGGCUUUUUCUAAUAUCCCACCUUUGCGAAACUACUUCCUGGAGGAGGAAAACUACAAAGGAAUCCGCAGACCACCAGGGGACAUCAUGUUCCUCCUGGUUCAGAGGUUUGGGGAGCUGAUGCGCAAACUUUGGAACCCCAGAAACUUCAAGGCCCACGUGUCUCCACAUGAGAUGCUGCAGGCCGUGGUGCUGUGCAGCAAGAAGACCUUUCAAAUUACGAAGCAGGGUGAUGCUGUAGACUUUAUGACAUGGUUCUUGAAUGCUCUGCAUGGGGCUCUUGGAGGCACCAAGAAAAAGCCAUCAAUCAUCACAAAGGUUUUUCAAGGCUCCAUGAGAAUCUUCUCUAAGAAACUUCCACACCCAGAUUUGCCACCUGAGGAAAAGGAGGCGCUACUUCAGACGGAGGAGUACCAGGAGCAGAUGUCCGAGUCCUCCUUCCUGUUUCUGACCCUGGACCUCCCAACAGCUCCUCUGUACAAGGAUGAAAAGGAGCAGCUUAUUAUCCCUCAGGUCCCUCUUUUCAACAUCCUGGGCAAAUUCAAUGGCAAUACUGAAAAGGAAUACAAAACCUACAAAGAGAAUUUCCUUAAAAGGUUCCAGCUGACCAAGCUGCCACCUUAUCUCAUCUUUUGCAUUAAAAGAUUCACCAAGAACAACUUCUUUGUGGAGAAAAACCCAACAAUUGUCAACUUCCCAAUCACAAACGUAGACCUUUCAGAGUACCUCACGGAAGAAGCUCAAGCUACAGAGAAGAAUACUUCUUAUGACCUUGUUGCCAACAUUGUGCAUGAUGGGAAACCCACUGAAGGAUCCUACAGGAUACAUGUCCUGCAUCAUGGAACAGGGAAGUGGUAUGAAAUGCAAGAUCUGCAGGUAAUCGACAUUCUCCCUCAGAUGAUCACUUUGUCAGAGGCCUACAUCCAGAUUUGGAAAAGGCAAGAGAGCAGUGACACAAACAACCACAAGGGGGUGUGAUUGAGACAAGACUCCUCACUCUGGAUGGCUCUUAGUUUUAUCACUUUGGGGUUCAACUAAGUAUUUUAGUGACAUGGAGGGAAAAGGGAUCAAAAGUGGCAGAAGAGCAUCAGGACAUUCUUUGAAGACCAAAUGAAGCAAAGAAAUGUAACAGCCUCUGUGUUUUUGCACCGCUCUGUUUUUACCAUGUGGAAAUUUCUUAAUAAACCCACUCAAAUG